CGCCGCUCCACCGCCCCGCCCCACGGCCAAUCAGAGAGGCCUCCCGCCCCGGCUCCGCCGCGCCAGCCAAUCGGAAGUGUCCCUCGCCGCGCGUCGGGCCAAUGGCGGCACGGGCGCGAAAAUUCUUUUUUCCCCUCUGAGAGCCCGCGCCUUCCCGGCGUGCACCGCGCGCCGCGCUGCGGUGACGUCAUCGCUCUGCCCGCCCGCCAGGUACCCCCGGCCACACCCCCCGGGCUGCCAAUGGGAGCGGAGCGGCCCCGCCCGGGGCUCCGCCCCCGUCACGUGCCCCGGCCCCACCUCCCGAGGUGCCAAUAGGAGCUGGACUGCCCCGCCCCCGGGCGGACCUGGGACCGGGACCGGGACCGGGACCGGGACCGGGACCGGGACCGGGAUCGGGAUCGGGAUCGGGACGGGAACCAGGACCGGUCCAGGCCGCAGCAUGGGCGGGUGGUGGGACAUGGCCGCGGAGGAGCUGGAGCAGCAGUACUCCCCCAGCCGCUGGUCUCCCCGCCUGGGCCCCGACGAAGUGAUCCAGGCCCACCUCGCGGCGGCGGCGGCAGGAACCCAGCGGGCCCGGGCUGGCGCGCAGACCUCGCUGCACGUCCCUUACGGAGACGGGGACGGCGAGAAGCUGGACAUCUACCUCCCCACGGACCCGUCUGGAACCUUCCCUGUCCUGGUCUAUAUCCAUGGUGGAUACUGGCAGUGCCUGAGAGGCAUUUAUCUGUGUGGACACUCAGCGGGGGCUCACUUGGCAGCCAUGGUGUUGGCCACGGACUGGACGGAAUACGGUGUGGUGCCAGAUAUCAAAGGAGCUGUGCUGGUGAGCGGCGUGUACGACCUUGAGCCCAUCCUGCACACCUACGUGAACGAUGCGCUUCAUAUGAGCCGGGAGGUGGCCCAGCGGAACAGCCCCCUGCUGCACAUCGCCCCUGCAGCACCUGCGGCCGCAGCCUGCAAGGUGCUGGUGGCCAUGGCCCAGCAUGACUCCCCGGAGUUCCGCCGGCAGUCGCGGGAGUACGUCCUGGCCCUGCGUGCAGCUGGCUGGUCCGUCUCCAUGCUGGAUCUUGCCGGCGUGGAUCACUUCGACAUUGUUGAGAAGCUGUCUGAGGACAGCUACAUCCUCACUCAGGUGAUUCUGAACAUGAUUUUGAGAGCCUGAUGGCAUGGCAGGAGCAGAGAUGGGAAACAGCCCUGUGCACACCCAGCCCUGCUGCCCUCC